AUGCCACCAGACGAUACGAUUCCAAUGGACAAACACGAGGAGGAAACGGCUCCAUUGAUGAUUAGGAAAGCUUCGUUCGGCAAGCUACAAAUGGUUCAAGGCACCUCGACGGUAAAGCCAUUCAAAGAGGAAACUCUCCUGAUGUCCUCACUCGUCAGCAAAAUGGGAAGGGGAACCUUGCUACUGAGAGGCCUAUGGAGCACUCUAGUAGCACCAGUAGACCUCAGGAGCACUGCAGGAGCAAGGUCCAUUUUGCUGAUGCCUACCAGCGGGGAUUCUAUUCAUUGUGACACGUUCGACGGGGCUGGUGGGCUUAGCGACGCUGGACCUUGA